AGAUGAUAUCUUCGUUUGAACCACCAUCUUCAUCGUCAUCGUCUUCUGAUGAAGACUCUGAUGAUGAAUACCGAGAAGAAGAUGGCAACAGUGAGAGAAGCAAUUCGAAAGUAUGCAUUGAAGAAGUUGAAGAAGUUGAAAAAGAAGAAAUUGCGAGCAGAAAACGAAAAAGAGGAAAAACGAAAGACGAGUUCCAUCCAUGUCCGUUCUGUGAGAAAAAGUUUCGAUAUCCCAACAAGCUGAGAGAACAUAUAAAAAUUCAUGAUUCUAAUCGUUACCAAUGCCUUGAAUGCUCGACAAUUACCAAAUUUGGCACAUAUGGUGAAUUGAGAGCACAUCACAAACUACAUCAUUCGAAGGCUUCUCAUAAGUGUCCACAGUGCUCGUACACUAAUGAGAAACCAGCAUUCAUUCGCCGUCACUUCGAACAAAACCAUGUUGAUGGUAUUCCGUGUACAAUUACUGGCUGUUGUAUCAAAGUAGCAAAAAAUCGGCUCAAAGCUCACAUCAAAGAAUAUCACACGUCUAUUCCAUUGUCUACCGAACAAACUCGAUCUAAACUAUCUUUCAACAAGUGCCCUCUAUGUGAAUACAAACCUGAUGUUUCAGAUGAUGAUCCUGAACAACAACAGAAAGAUCUUGAGGAUCAUGUUCAAAGAAUUCAUGAAGAACGUGAGCCAGCUCUAUGCACUUUAGGAUGUGGUGUUUAUUUGGGAUCCGGUAGUGUAAGCGAGCAUCUAUCGACAUGUUCAUCCUUGAUUCAAAAUAUACCAUCUUCUUCACAAUCGACACCAGCACUUCAAAAUGAUGAAUGGAAUGAUGCUAACACUGAAACCACACUAUCAACAAUCACAGGAACUUCUAGUCAAUUUGAACGUGAUUCUGUGUCUGAAGUUACUAAUGAUUUAUCGGAAAAUAUAAACGAUAUCGAUGAGGAAAUUGAAUUCGGGACAACUGAACCUCCGAAUAAAAUAAGAAAGCACAGUAGAAGUCGAGUACAUGGAGACUUCAGCUGCGAAAUAUGCCUUAAAACAUUUACAUUAAGAGACAAUCUUCGAAAGCAUGUCAGAGUAUAUCAUUCGGAAAAUUCGCAGAAAGUAGUUAAAUCCACGGGACCAAAACACCAAGAACAGUACAAAUGCGAUCGAAAGUCAAAAGAUGGUGAUGAGACUACUUGUGGAAAAACUUUUCGAACAGAACAGGCACUUCACGAUCACUUUAAUGUUCAUGAUGGUAUCAAACCAUAUUCCUGUCAUACAUGCAAUCAAAAGUUUCACGCACGAGAUCGAUUCGCCGUUCAUCUAUCAAAAUAUCAUCAAACAAGUAUCAAGGAUCUUACGGCACGCGUGGCUACAUUUGGAUGUUGAAUUUGGCCAUUAAUAUAAUAGAAUAGAAAAUAGAAUAUACAAUUGUUUCAAUCAAGUUUUACAACCAUACAUCACACCGGUAAAAAAUUAACCAACGGUAGAGUUUAGUCUAUUGAGUUUCAUGAUGAUCUUUCAAUUGUUCGAAGUAUACUACUUGUUUUUGUUAUUGUAUUAAAUAAAAUGUUGUUGUUUU